GGGAGAUCUUUCCAAUACGGAAGGCACAUGUGCGAUUGGCCAACAGAGCCGUCGGUCUUUACAUGGAUUCAUCCUCAUCCAUAAUGGCAUACCCACGCACACACGGAGACAUCGGCAACAUCGCCAACAUGGGUCUUGAAACGGAUGGAUGCGUUGCACAUGAUGGAUGAAGGACACAAACAACAACAUCGACCCACACACACUGCAGGCAUACUCUCUGCCUGCACCGCACCCACUCACUCACAUCACACCCAUCCAUCCGCUAUUGCUGCCCUCUGAAUAUCGUCCCCUUCUCGGCAUUCUCCUGGACAAACUUGAGCACUUCGGUGAAAUUCGGCACCGACCUGGCAACACAUGACAACACACCACACCACACCACAAGAACUCUACAGCUGCAACCAGCCCUCGGUGGCCGCAGUGUGCCUUGACUGACCGUAUUUCCAGUUUGGAUCCGUCCUUGAGCAGAAUGUUGAGGUCGCCCACAUCCGCCACGCCAAACCCGCGGCGCACAGACCUGGGAGAUCGACACACACACGAAAGCACCCACGGCAUGAGGCUUGAGCGGUGCGGUACACUGUGGUUGCGUGCGUGAGUGGGCCCACGUGAUGGAGUCGAUCUCCGGGUAGAUGACCUCGGUCUCGUCGUUGCCACCUAUGCCGCUCGUCACGCGGAUCCGGCGGCUCGUGAACUCAUACCUGACGCAUUCAUACCACGUGCCAGCCAGAGCCAUGUUCUGUGUGUGGCGUGUGUGCGUGUUGUCAUUUCUCGCGUUGCCUGCCUUACUUGACCCAGAUCUGCCUUGCGACGGCCCCAGCAAACGGGAUGAUCCUGAUAGCAGAAGGGGGAAGAAAUUGGUGUGCCAUGCCAUGUGUGUGCGCCGUGCCAUUCAUUCGCACCCGAGGACGGUAAGCACGGAAAUGGCGGGAAUGACCACCUCAGUCCACGAGGGCUUUGUGGUCAUAAAGGCGGUCUCGGCCUCGAGCCUGGGCCCCUUCUCCUGGUCCUUCUUGACCUGCCGCUGCUUCUGCACCUGAGCCCUCUCCUGCAGCUUAGCCAAGCGACUCUUCUUCCGCUUCUUGCUGUCCUCCACGCCAGCAGAUUUAUCCUUCCAAGAGUCGUCCUUCGCCGCCCUCUCAUCGCCUUCACUGCUGUCUGCUGCAUCUUCUGUCACGGCCACAGCGGUGCUGCUGCUGCUGCUGCCCUGAACGCUCUCAGCUGCAGCCGCAAGCAGUGGAGAUGCGGCCGGGCUGUGUCUGCAGAGGAGGGUGAUGGACUCAUCUGUGAGCAAGGACACGCAUGGGCCGUCCGGGGGAGGGGGAGCGGCGGGCAGGCGUCGUAUGGAGCCGCCUCUCUGGAGCGGGACGACGAAGGAAAGAGCCGAAUUGAUGCAAGAGAGGAAGAUCAACAAAUCGACGAUGCACCGCGAUAGCAUGCUGCUGAUGAUAACUGCAUUCGGCAAAGAUCUGCCAGCUCCUUCAAGC